UCUUUGUCCUUAAACAACUGAUAUUGAAGGAUUAUUCUUCCAGUUUUUGGUGGGUACAAGCUGAAAGGAUGAUCCAACUUUUGUUCACGCUCUUGAUGGUUGAGAUGGCUCUGAGCCUUAGCCUUGUGUUUAGAAACCCCAUUAGGGACCUGUUGUUAAUGGGGCUGGAUAAGAUGAAGACUGGGAGAGGGCCAUUGAUGGCUAAGAGUGUGUCUGGAACCUUAUUUGUGGUAUUUGUUUCAAGCUUAUUAAGUGCAAUGAAGAUACAGAAGAGAUCAAUGGAGUCAGGUUCAGUCAAUCCAACUGAUCAGGUUCUAAUGGCCUAUCAUCUGCUGGAAGCUUCCCUCAUGGGAUUCUGCCUCUUCCUCGGGUUGAUGAUAGAUCGACUGCAUUACUUUAACAAAGAGCUCUACCGUACAAGGAUUAGUUUGGAGGAAGUGAAGGGAAAACAAUCUGCAAAGCACACAACCAAGGAACCCAAUCCUACUAUGAGGAAGCUUUGAGAUAUGAACCUUUAUAUACAGACAUACAUGCAUAUAUAUAUAUAUAUUUAGAUUAUCUUAAUUAAUUUGCUUAAAAUUUGUAAUUAUAAAUACCUAAUUUCAUUACUCUCUUAUAUAUUUUUUGCAAUUAUUUCUACAACGUACGAUACGUUAGCUCAUA